CACCCGAGCGCUAGCUCCCCGGUCUCGUCUCUCCCAAACCCUCCUCCCCGAGAUCCCCCACCCUGCGCCGCCGCCCGGUGGAUGCCCCCCAUCCGCCGCCGCCGCCCGGUCGAUCCCUACCCUCCCCGAGAUCCAAAGCAAUGUCGCCCUCAAUUACCUUGACCGCGGUGGCCACGGGCAUUGCAGUGGCCACGGGAACUGCGGAGCUUGUGAGGGGCACCGCGGACGUGAUCUCCUACAUGAGGGACAAGCGCUGCCGAGAAUGCAGCAUGAUGGUGAAGCAGCGGGAGAUUGUCAAGCAUCUGGAAGACCACCUGGAGCAAAACCAGCUACUGUUCGCAGAUGAGAAGGCAGAGCUGCAGAGCAAGCUGGAGCGUAUGGCUGACGCUGAGAGCAAGCACACAGAGGAAAAGGUUGAGCUGAAAGAAGAAAUCGCUCAUCUUGAGAAGACGCUCAAAGAGGAAAAGGAAGAGCUCCUUCACAAGAUUGAGCUCUUGUAAAUGAUUUCUUUCUUUCUCGUAGUAUGUAUUUCACCUCCAAAAGAGGAUAAGAAACUAUGCAAGGCAGAAAAGGCUGCCCUCAAGGAGGAGCUGUUCAACGCCAAAAAUGAGGUUACCCAGUUGAGAGCCCUAUCGCUGUCCGAUAUCAAGAUCAAGUGUGAAUCGUGCAACCGAUCUGUGCUAACAAGAGACUGGAAUUCUCACGUCCAGAUCCACAGAGACGAGCGCCGCUUGUUGCACAAACAGUUGGAAGGAAAAUUCCAAUAAACACAACAUCCAGGUAACCUUGCAGAAAUUUUAUAACAUGCUACACUGGUGCAUCAGCAGCCCAAAACAUACAUACAUUAGCUUGUACCAUCACUUGUUAAUCAAAGUUUGCUCCACAUCAGCGGGUUGCAUCGCUUGCUUCAAUCUUACUAGCAGAUUUGCAUAACCAGGGCAUAAAUUCACCUCUGGACCUUUGUGCUCCUUACUUCAUCGACUGUUUAAAUGUCAUCCUCCUGCAAGGAAUCAUCUCCACAAGAUACAAUUGGCAUAACAUAGUACAAUAAUGACAUACCUUUGCGAUUUGUUUUUCACAACAUUUGGCAUCAUCAAUAUUUGGACUUGUUAUUUUCAAGCACCUAGGGACCAUCACAACAGAAUUUAAUUUAUUAUUACGUAACUGUGAGGGAGAUGAUAAAGCGCAAAGGUAACAACAUAACCACUACUUCUAAGCAUUCUAGAUAAAGGUUGCUCCUGCAUCAUCUGUUUAUCUGACAAUGGCCAUACUCAUCAGGUUUUACUAAUGGACAAACAAGCUGCUCCUGCAUCAUCUGUUUAUCUGACAAUGGCCAUACUCAUCAGGUUUUAUUAAUGGACAAACAAGCUUAAUUAAAGCUAAUAACAUACACAUGUCACCACGAAAUGGGCUCAUAAAUGAUAAGUGCAGUGUAAAUUCGCAUGUGUUUUUUUCAUAAACCAAUCAGUUUUGCAAAAGUGCUGACUGUAGUUAUUCUAAAAGUUAAAAUGAUAUAUCUAGCAAAAUGUAUAUGCUAACUUUCAGAUGAUGUCACCUUUUCUUACCUUUGGUGCGGCCAUUCCCAGUGUUUGGUUAUGCUUAACUUGUAACUUUUGAUUUUUGACUUACAAGUCAAAGAACCUAUUUAUGUAGCACAACUUUUGAAUUGCUUCAUUUGGUCCUAAAUGGCUGGCCGGUAGCUUAACUUGGUAUGCAGUGCAUCGAAUAUAACCUGUGAGCACAAAUAAUUAAGAAUCCUGGGCAUCAGGCACUAAAGCAGAGUCUCGGCAUAGCAAAAUCAGAAUAUUAAUCAAUGCGCGGAAUCAUAUAAGCCCCAGCACUAUAGGUACCACCAGACACAACAGCAAGUAAAGUGUAAUCCUUCCUCCAGUAUUGCUUUACCUUGGGUAAAGUGAUGUGUUGCAUUUAAGGUGCUCAUUAAGUAAUACUUCUCCUUUUUGCAUAUUGAUGCUGUAAGCUUAUAUUAUCAUUAUCUAGUCUUGGUAAAAAUCAAACAGCCCAGAAUCUAUAAGUCAACUGAAUCAUUCUCUAGUCUUGUUAAAAAUCAAACUGCCCAGCAUGGUUUUCGAGUCGCGACUCAUGCGAGUUGCUCUGGGGCAGUGACUCGGAAGAAGUCGAGCCUGCGUUGUGACUAGUCGCGACUAAGAGUCACGAGUCGACACUAAGCUGAGUCGACCAUAUUUUUGCGACUCAUAGACUAGUCGUCGACUAGUCGCAACUAGUCGAGCGACUCGAAAUCCAUGCUGCCCAGAAUCUGUAAGUCAACUGAAUCCUUAUCUAGUCUUGUUAAAAAUCAAACUGCCCAGAAUCUAUUAGUCAACUGAAAGUGUGGACACAAAGCAUAAACAUAGCAUAACUCCUUGCAGCAAGAAAACUACAUCAACUGUUGCUUAUUUACAUUGUGCCAAAUCCUAGUGCUAAUCGAUAAUCCCUCCGUCCGAAAAAGCUUUGUCAAGCUUGUCCCUCUAGAUGGAUAUAUCUAGCUCUAACUUGGUGCUAGAUACAUCCAUUUGAGGGACAAGCAUUUUCGGACGGAGGGAGUAGAUCAUACUAGUAGGUAAUAGCCACAGGUCAAUUGAAGGAUUACAUUUAGAUGAUUCUUUGGAAGUAGUACCCAGUCAGUUAAUGCAUAACAGUGAUGUAGCUUAGCACUCAAAAAUACUCCAUACAUUUUCGCUUUUUCUUGAUCCGUAUGUAUCUAGACACAUUUUAGUAUAUAUGUUCACUCAUUUUAGUAUAUAUGUAGUCACCGAUAUAGAAAUAGCUAAACGGUCUUAUCUUAGUGAAUGGAGGAGUUGUUAUUAACAACUUUAUUCUAGAUUAGCACAGAAAGGGGUUCACCUUUACAGCUACACACAAUCAUUAGAGAGAAGCAUUUUGACACAAGGCAUAAUCAGAUACAAAAGCAACACCUUGUCCAACUCUAAUUCCUUCCUCAAUGUCGGUGGGGGGAACUUUGUCCCCCAGACCGACCACAAACUGCAAUAUGCCACCACAAUAAGUCAACAUACAACCUCAAGAAGAUAUGGUUGCUUGGGACUUAUUUGGCAUCAUCAGUAUUUGGACUUAUUAUCUUCGUGCAUCUAGCGACCAUCACGGCAGAAUUUAAUUUAUUAUUAGUUCACUGUGAGGGGGAUGAUAAAGCACAAAGGUCGCAACAUAACCACUAGUUCUAUGCAUUGUAGAAAAGGUUAAGGCGGACAUCAUGCUAAUUCACCUGCAAUGGUUGCUCCUCCUGCAUCAUUUGUUUUAUCUGACACAAGAUCCCACUGGCUUGGUGGAGCCAAUACAGUAUCAGACUGCUUUAUCCCUGUAAUUAAAUCAAACUUGAAAUGAGCUUAGAUGUAACAAGGUGGAAUUGCACAGGCACUUAGAACUGGAAAUUAACCGUUUAUUAUGAUCAUUUAUUGCUUUAUAUGAUGGUUUAUUUUUUUUUAUGUUGAAUACUUUGAUUUACUCAUAGUGAGUAUAUCUUUUGUGCUUGCAGGUUUAAGCAAUGCUCAUUCAGGAGGAGGUCCGAAAACAAGGCAAUCAACGUUCAGGAGGAGGU